GUUUGCCGUAGUUUACAAAUAAUGAUGGCCGACAAUUCGCGCAUGCGCGUGACAGAAACAGCCAUAAUAACAUUGGUGUUUGAAAGAGAAUAGCACCGCGUUCUUCUAGUGUAUUUUUUUUUAAAAUAGCGAGUGUGUUUGGGCCAUGAAGACCAUCGCGACCUUCCAAUCGCAGCUGGCGGCCAUCAUGGAGGCUCUGACCCGGGCCGCCGUGGCGGAAAUCUGCGAGCUGGUGGACGACAGCUACGCCGUCUUCCAGAUGGAAAUUAACCGCAGCCGCAAAGAGAACGACGAGCUCCGCCGGAAGCUCGAGCUCAUCGAGAGCAUCGUCGCUCGCGGCGGCGUCAGCGUCAACGUCGGCGAGAGCUCGGCUGCAGUCGUCCCGGCCACCGAGAGCCCGGAAGACCGCAAAGAAGAGCCCGGCGACGUGCACGUCCAGUCAUCAGACGAGGUGGACCGGUCGCCGCCUGGAUGUUUGUCGUCUGGGCCGACUGCUGAAGAGGAUGCUUCGGCCGAGGACGUGUUUUUCGUCAAGCGGGAAGUGGCCAGCGAUGACGACGAAUACUGCCGUGAGCCGUUCGUGGACGAGGACGGAGCGGAACAGACGCAAGCACAUAACAGGACACUCGCCGCCUCCUCGUCACCUGACGGCAAUUAUUGGGAGCUCAAGACAAUCGCCGCAGACGUCUCGGCACAACCGGUCUACGUUUCCGACGGCGAAAUCUCACCUUCGAGGAAAAGUUCAGUUUCGGCAGUAGGGAGUCCAAACCACGUGGUGGCUUUACGCGGCACCCGGCCGGACCGCGACUCCGCGGGGGCCGACCCGGGCCCGCCAGGCGUCCCGGCCCACCCCCGCCGCCCGAUGAGCGAGCGCGACGCCGCCUUCCCUCCCACGGACGCGGUGGACCGGCAGCAAUUUUUCAGAGUGCGGCGUUACGCGUGCAACUACUGCGGCAAGUGGUUCUCGUCGGCGCGCGGGCUGGAGACGCACGUGCGAGUCCACACGGGCGAACGGCCGUACAGCUGCGAACAGUGCGGAAAGCGCUUCACGCAGUCAGGCCACCUGAAGACGCACCAGAGCGUCCACACGGGCGAGCGACCGUUCGCCUGUCAGUACUGUGAUAAACGCUUUGCCGGCAAGCAGAACCUGCAAAUCCACUUGCGGAAAAACCACCCUUUGGCGGCGCCACAGGAAGGGUAAACCGGAUAUCUGAUGGACUUCACAAGGACUGUAGUGGAUUGCUGAAUGGUGUCUUAGCAUUUGUCAAGAACCUACAAUUUUUUGGGGGACUUUUAAGCCAUACUCCCCAAAUUUUACAUGAGAACUAUUAAACUGCAUACAGCGGUAUGAAAAGUAUCUGAACGUUUUGGAAUUUCUCUCAUUUCUGCAUAAAAACACCAUCAAAUGUGAUCUGAUCUUUGUCAAAAUCAAUUGACAAACAACCCAACCAGAUUCAACUAAAACCACCCAAACAUUUAUAGGUUUUCAUUAGGGCUGUCAAACGAUUAAAAUUUUUAAUCGAGUAAAUCACAGUUUAAAAUUCGUAAUUAAUUGCAAUUCAAACCAUCUCUAAAAUAUGCCAAAAUUUUCUGUAAAUUAUUGUUGGAAUGGAAAGAUAAGACACAAGAUGGAUACAG